CACUCACAGCAGGACACUGUCAAGAUAUUCACACAGCGCCCAGUGACACUGCCGGCUUCCAGAAUUAUCAAAUAUCACACAUGGAAAUCACACAUUCAGAUCGAAGAUCAACGACGAGUGGCACACCCUGCCACACCAAAUAUGGCGCCAGCAUCUUUCCCUCGGAGGAAGUCACAUGCCCCCUCACAACAAAGGAGAGUUCGGCAUGCAGGACGUAUUGCUCACGUUGGCCGAAUUGGUGCAUAAAGAGAGGCGGAGCACGUUGAGGUGCCAAAUUGGGCAGCACGUAGAGUACAAUCCCAAAACAAUCCCAUAGGGCACCAGGGCUCUUGACAGCGAAUACCAGGACAACAGGCUUAGAGUUCA